GCGCCGACGCAACCAGUAGUAGCGUAGAGCGCGCCAAGUCGAGUCGACACGCUCGAUUUUAUUUAUUUAUAUUUGAGUUUUAGUUUUUUUUUACCAUUUAAAUCUGUUUCCGUGUUUAAGUUUGUACUAAGAAAUAUUUUUAAAUAGCCUAAGCCAUGCUGUGGUACGUGUUACUGCUGACCCUACAGGUUCACCUGAUGAGCGGAUCCCCCGUCAGCCCCGAUCCUGACAGAGAAAUGGUUCUUGCAUUUGUGGUGAACAGACAUGGUGAAAGGACACCAGACGCUGAUGAGCUAUCUCUUUCUGACCAGCAAGAGAAGCUAAAGAACUUAACACACAUCGAGGGAUUGGAAGCACUCACAAAUACUGGCAAACAGAGGUCCUUCCGACUCGGCGAAUUCAUCAAACAGCGAUACGGCAUAGAGGGUUAUGGGCUUUUGUCCAGCAUUUACCGCCAAGACGAGAUAGCUCUGAGAAGCACAGAUAAGAACCGCACCCAAAUGACUGCCCUGAUGGCAAUGGCGGCUCUAUACCCACCUAAAGUAGAACAGCAAUGGGGUGAAGGCUUGGGUAAAAUAUGGCAGCCAGUUCCUUAUACUGCCGUACCAUUGUCUCAAGAUUACCUUCGUUACUACUCAAACUGCAAGCGUUUCAAGGAGUUGAUGGCGAUGGCCAAAGAGGAGUCUGUUCACCAAGAGUUCGUCCAGUUCAGGGACCUGGUGACAAUUGUGAAGAAGGAAACGGGAAGGAACUUCACUGAAGAUCCACUUCUGUUCGAGACUCUAUUCGAUUUGUUUAGGAGUCAGGUUAGUCUAGGCCUCGAUAUUCCAGAAUGGGCAAAACCGCUUUUGCCCAAACUGGGGGAAGCUGCGAGGUUGGCUUACCGACUGUACUUCCGCUAUGACGAAAUGAAAAGACUUGGAGGAGGAGUUAUUCUGAACGACUUCGUCAAAGCUGCCAGUGAUAUAGUGGCGGGGAAACAGGUACAGAAGCGGUUCCGUAUGUACUCGGCCCACGACUUCAAUAUCGGGGCCCUUAUGGAGGUGACCAAGGUGCUGAGACAUGAACAAAGUCUGCCCGAGUAUGGCGCGCUGUUCGGCCUGGAGAUGUACCGGUCCAAAUGUACGGGAGAGUUCACUGUAUUGCCGAUCUACCUGGCCAAGGCCGGUGAGUCCACCGCGCAAAACCUCCACUUCACAGGCUGUGAAGCCAACAGCCAUUGUGACUGGAGUCGGUUCCAGAACAACACUAAGGAGUACCUGCUGAGCGAGCGGGAGUUCUAUAACAUCUGUAAUAUAAGAACUGAGCUGUGAUUGUGAAACAAGUUGUGAUUUAGUUUUAAGUAUUUUUUUUUAUUUUAAUUAUAAUUCAUCGUCAGUUAUGAUUUACUAGUUUGUGGGUCACAUUGCUUUCUUACUGUUAGUUUGAUCUGUCUAUUUACUGUUAAAUUCAGAUUUCGGCAUAGCUAUUCAAGUCAAAUCAAAAUUCAAGCACUUUUGAAACAUCACGUUUAAUUAUUCUGUCCUGUCAAUAAUAAUCCUGUAACGUAAAUAAUCCUGCCAAUUAAUAACCUGUCAAUUAAUAAAAAAAAACAUAGUACAUACCUAACUAGUAAGUAGUUGAAUACAAUCAAUCUAGUUUUAAGGUUUUCGGUAAUAUGAAUCUAAAGAUUUACUAAAUUAUAGAAAGAGUUAUGUCGGCGGUUUACUUAAAUAGAAACAAUAAAGAACAAAAAUGUUGUAAAUGUUAUGUUGGCAAUUAUACAUGCUUGUUGAUAAA